AGAAAAAAAAUCAGAUUUGAAAGUAUUAUUUAUAAGCUUAAUUUUCAAAAACCAGAUCGUUAUCGAACUUGGCCUACAUUCCUAGGUUUUUGCCUUUUUACCCAUAAAUGAAGUGUUGAGCAUGUUUCCUUUUCAAGUUCAAUUCUUUUCCUUCUCUAUGCUUUAAGUCAUCACUGAGUUGAUUGACAACUUUUGCUUAACAACAACCUCAACCACUUCUCUAACUACUGUUCCUUUAAUCUUAAUUAUUGUGCAUCAUCAUAUUUCCCAGUUUUGACCACCUUUUUUUUCCCUUUUCCUUUCUGAAGUCUAUAUAUUAUCUGGUUUUUCCUUCUGCUUUGGCUUCUGAACAUCUUCUUCUUUCACUUGGGAUAUUGAUUCCAUUAAGUUUUUUUUUGUAGUUUCUUUUUGUUUGUUUUGUAGAGCAAAUGUUUCAGAGCCAUUUUUGUGUGUAAAAAGAAACAAUGGGCACCUUCCCAAUUGAGGCCAGACAUAGAUUAUCUUCAUCAAUCCUUUAAAUGCUCUGACAUCAAAACCAUAUUUCUUUAUGAUGACAUAUUCCAAAAGAAAACUGCAAAGAAGCAAAAUGAAAGAUCUGGACAAGCCCUUCAACUUAUCAACUAAUGAAAGAUUUUCAAGAUGCAAGCUUCCUCUCUUGAAACUUGUUCUUCUGUUUGCUGUUUCUGGCACUUUUAUUACACUUUUAUACUCUCCAGAGGUGAACAACCAUAUAUCAAACACAGCUUCUGGGCCAAAGUUCGUUAAUAGAUGGAUAUGGGGCGGCCCGGAUCUUCGGUAUGUAUCUCGUCUCGAUAUUGUUUGGGAUGAUGUUGUUGAAGUCCUUGAGAGGUUAGGAGAUAAAAAGGAGUAUCAAGGAAUUGGACUUUUAAACUUCAACAAGAAUGAAGUCAUCAAUUGGAAGCAGCUCAAUACUGAUGUAGAGUACACAGUGUUGAAUCUGGAAUAUGCUGAGGAAGAUGUGACAUGGGAUUCCUUAUACCCUGAAUGGAUUGACGAGGAAGAAGAAGCUGAAGUUCCUAUUUGCCCGUCUUUGCCAAAGCUAAGAGCGCCAGGGAAACGGCUUGAUCUGAUCGCUGUCAAGCUUCCUUGUCGAAAUGAGGGUAAUUGGUCUAGAGAUGUGGCUAGACUGCACUUGCAGCUUGCAGCUGCUAGUGUUGCAGCCUCUGCUAAAGGAAACUAUCCUGUCCAUUUGCUUUUCAUCACAAAAUGCUUUCCGAUACCAAACUUGUUUACGUGCAAGGAUCUCGUUGCACGGCGAGGAAAUGUGUGGCUGUACCGACCCAACUUGAAUGUGAUCAGGGAAAAGAUCCAGCUCCCAGUAGGUUCUUGUGAACUUGCACUUCCCCUAAAAGGAAAAGAGGUUGCUUACUCAGGAAACAUGCUCCGAGAAGCAUAUGCAACAAUUCUCCAUUCGGCUCACGUUUAUGUCUGCGGUGCGAUAGCAGCAGCACAAAGCAUUCGGAUGUCGGGGUCGACUCGGGACCUCGUGAUACUCGUCGACGAGACAAUCAGUUCCUAUCACAAGAGUGGCCUAGAAGCUGCAGGAUGGAAAAUAAGGAUAAUCCAAAGGAUCAGGAAUCCAAAAGCAGAGAAAGAUGCAUACAACGAGUGGAACUACAGCAAGUUCAGGCUAUGGCAACUAACAGACUAUGACAAGAUCAUCUUCAUCGAUGCCGACCUUCUAAUCUUCCGAAACAUCGACUUCUUAUUCGGAAUGCCAGAGAUCUCAGCAACAGGAAACAAUGGCACACUCUUUAACUCAGGGGUAAUGCUUAUAGAGCCUUCAAAUUGCACCUUCCAACUUCUAAUGGAUCACAUAAACGAAUUUGAAUCCUAUAAUGGAGGGGACCAAGGAUACUUAAACGAAGUAUUCACCUGGUGGCAUAGAAUCCCAAAGCACAUGAAUUUCUUGAAGAACUUCUGGAUGGGUGAUGAUGAAGAAACAAAACAAAUGAAAACAAGGCUAUUUGGGGCAGACCCACCAAUCCUUUAUGUUCUUCACUAUUUGGGAACAAAGCCAUGGAUGUGCUUCAGAGAUUAUGACUGCAAUUGGAAUGUGGACAUAAUGCAAGAAUUUGCAAGUGAUGUUGCACAUCAACGGUGGUGGAAGGUCCACGACCAAAUGCCAGAGCUCUUGCAACAAUUUUGCCUGCUGAGAUCGAAACAAAAGGCUCAACUGGAAUGGGACAGAAGGCAAGCAGAGAUUGGGAAUUACACAGACGGCCACUGGAGAAUCAAAGUAAAGGACAAGAGAUUGAAGAAAUGCAUUGACAAUGUAUGUUCUUGGAAAGGGAUGUUGAGGCAUUGGGGGGAGACGAAUUGGACCGAUGAUGAGUUUUACGUACCUACGCCGCCGGCCAUUGAUUCUGCCGCCCUCUCUGCUUGAAUUCCUUGCCACCAUUUUUGACGAUUCUGGU